AUGCUUGAUUACAGAACAUUUGAUAGUAAAUAUUUUAUGGUCCUCUAUUUACAAUAUAAGCUAGGCCAGCUAUUUGACAUCUAUGUAAAUGGUGAAAUUGUAAAUUUGGUAUCAGAAAACACUUCAUUGCUUAAUUUUAAAAGCGGCCUUUUAGAGUUUGUUGUUGUCCAAAGAUAUUGGAAACAAAAUGGUAUCGAGGGAUCAGUUGAAACAUCCCAUUUGCCAAUAAACGGUAAUAUCGAGACAUUCAAAAGAACAUUUACUAAUCAAAGCCUAAAAACAGAAAAACUUUGGGAAUAUAGCUUUUGCUUAUUCAACCUUAGAUUUGGCUAUAAAAUAAUCCUAAGACACUACCUGUCCGACAGAAUUGGUGCUGGCGAUAUCCCACAUCGUUAUACCCUCCAUGAUAUCAACAUCUCUAUCAAAGCUAAUGAUAAAAAUCAAUUUUUCAGUAAAAACAUUGUAAAUAUUGCCGAAAACGACUAUGUUCUCAUCGAAACCCUUGCUGGUUUCAUUGAUAGAAACUCAUUCUCUCUGAUUGCUCCCCAUGAACUUUUGUACAACAAUACCGAGUCCACAGAGCCAAUUUCAUAUUACUUUUCUCAAAAACUUCAACAACAACAACAACAAUUAUUACUUCAAAACCAACAACAAAUCAAUUAUAACAAUUUCCCAUUUGACAAUGAUGACAAUGAUGAAGAUGCCGUUGUUUGUGAUAACUCAAAUUUUAACUAUCUUGAUGAUGCAUUACAAAAUAAUAUUAUAAACCCAUUCUAUGAAAAUAUGUAA